UUUAAUAUUCAGGUCACAUGACGAUGGCAGCAGGAGCAGCACCAGCAUCCCCGCUCUGCUGAAAUAUCCACUGGAGAAGGAAGGGAAGGAGAGAGGGGGGAGAAGAGGACACAGGGAAGAAAGACAAAGGUAAAAGCAAGUGGAGCCUUGUAGCCCACCGUGCUGCUUCAUCAGCGUCAGGCUAGAAAAGUGGGGGGAGACCCAUCCCCUUGGGAGAGGAUUCGGAGACAAAGGAAGCUUCAUGUUCAAAGGACCAGUGGAGAGCAAAAACGAAGCAGCCAUGUCUGAGCUGGUCCCAGAGCCGCGACAAAAGCCAGUUGUACCAAUGAAACCCAUGGGCAUCAACGCCAGCUUGCUGGGCUACAUCGGUAUUGACACCAUAAUUGAGCAGAUGCGCAAGAAAACCAUGAAGACGGGUUUUGACUUCAACAUCAUGGUUGUAGGUCAGAGCGGACUGGGAAAGUCAACGUUGGUAAACACCCUCUUCAAAUCCCAGGUGAGCCGCAAAUCUUCAGGCUGGAACCGGGAGGAGAAGAUCCCCAAGACAGUGGAGAUCAAAGCUAUUGGGCAUGUCAUUGAAGAAGGUGGUGUCAAAAUGAAGCUGACAGUGAUUGACACACCAGGAUUUGGGGACCAGAUCAACAAUGAGAACUGCUGGGAGCCUAUUGAGAAAUACAUCAAUGAGCAAUAUGAAAAGUUUUUGAAAGAGGAGGUGAAUAUUGCAAGGAAGAAACGAAUUCCAGACACGCGCGUGCACUGCUGCCUCUACUUCAUCUCCCCUACAGGCCACUCCUUGCGGCCUUUGGACCUGGAGUUCAUGAAACAUCUCAGCAAGGUAGUGAACAUCAUCCCAGUUAUUGCUAAGGCUGACACCAUGACCUUGGAGGAGAAGACUGAAUUCAAACAAAGAGUGCGCAAGGAACUAGAAGUAAAUGGGAUCGAAUUUUAUCCCCAGAAAGAAUUUGAUGAGGACUUGGAGGAUAAAACAGAGAACGACAAAAUCAGGCAGGAAAGCAUGCCCUUUGCAGUAGUGGGCAGUGACAAGGAGUACCAAGUGAAUGGCAAAAGAGUCCUGGGCAGGAAAACACCUUGGGGAAUCAUUGAAGUGGAAAACCUCAAUCACUGUGAAUUUGCCCUACUUCGAGAUUUUGUCAUCAGGACCCACCUUCAGGACCUAAAAGAAGUGACCCACAACAUCCACUAUGAGACCUACAGGGCCAAACGGCUGAAUGACAAUGGAGGGCUGCCCCCCAUGACUGUUGAGACAGAGGAAAACCACGAAAGCAACCUGUGAAAGACCCUCCCCCUCCACGGUCACCUGGUGACUCUGGAUAGACAACCCACCCCUGCUACCCUUGACUCAACCAUGGGCCUGUCUCUGAAGCAUGUGGCACAUCCUCCGUGGGAGUGAGAGGAUGCAAGUGUGAGUGUGUGCGGGCGUGCAUGUGCCUCCCUGUGUGCCGGAGAGGGACAAGGGCACCUCCCCCAUCCUUCCCAGAGUGUCCCCAUUCUCGGUUUGUUCUUUGCACAGUGGACUGUCUGACAGCUUCCUUUCUCUCAUUUCUGUGUCUCAGCUGUGUAUCUUGCCUGGGGGAAAUAGUGUUGGGGGGGAAGGAUUUCUAGGGGCAUGGAUUUUGGAGGGGGGAGGUGUGGGGCAUGCUGUGGUCCUAUUUUUAUCACUUGGAGACAUGGCAAGGAGAGACUCUGGGAGAGAUGGCGGAGUCGAUGCAUGUAUGUUUCAAGAGGUGUCAGCAGAGAUUUCUCUUGGAUCUUCCAUGGGUGUAAAGGCAGCUGGUUGGUCUGAAGGCAUGGUGGCCUGGAAUUUUAUCCCUUUUUCUUGCUGUGGCUUCCCAAGGGGAAAUGGCAGCUUGGAACAGGGUAGAUGAGAGAAGACUGGCACAUUUUUGUGGUUCAGAGCAAGUGACUGGUGGGAGGAGACAGAAUUAGUUCUCGGACUGUAGCAUCUGUUUGAGAAGCAUCAAAGUACUUGGGGAAAAUUGAUACAUUUUCCAAAAGAAGCAGAACCCAGAGGAAAUGAACAUGUUCCUGCUGCAGAGGGUGCUUGUGCCCUGGCUGGCACUAAGGUCAAAAGCCAUGCUUGUGUCACAGGCAUUUGACUGUGUGCAGAUCAGACCAAUCUGCGCUGGGGUCACCCCAACUCAUGGGGUCACCCCAUGUCCCUGCUGCAGUCUCCCACUGCAGUGGUCUCUCUCCACCAGCACUGAGCAGGUCCUGGCCAAACCCUUCCCCACGACGUGGCCUCUCUGCUGUGGGAGCACAGGGAAGACAAUGCCACAGGGGGUCCCUGCUGGGACCUCCCCCAGGGACAGCUCCACUUGGCAUAGCACCUUGAGGAUCUUGGAGGAGUGAAAACAGCCAUGGAUUGAGAAGCAUGGGGCCAGGGUGGGGGCACAAGAGAUACCUCUUCUUCAUUCUCCUCAUUGAAAUGGCUGCAUUUGCUACUGCAGCACUGCUGUUCCUCUGUUCUCUACUGUCCCAUGUCCUCCUCCACUUCUGUGCUUUUGUCCUCAUUCCCUUUUAGCUCUCCAUAGCUUUCUUCCUUCCUUUCUUUCCCUGUCUCACUUUCUCUGUUCUUCAUCCUUUAAGUCUCUCCUUCAUUUCUCCAAGUACUCAAAUACUCCUCCAGACUGUUUCCUCCCUCUCCCAAGCUCUCACACCUUAACGUGCUUUUGUGUCCUGUUGAGAAGCUGUUGUUCUACCUUUCCCUGGAGGGGAUGGGGAGGGAAGGUGAAGACCUGUGAGCAAAAAGGGGCACAGCUUUACUGAAGACUACAUGCUUGUGUCUAGCUGGUGUGUCAGCUGUUUUCUGGGUGUCCCUGAGCCAGGUCGAAAGUGUCAGGGCUGUCUGGGCAGAAGGAGGGAGGAGAGAAGACCAGAGAUGUCCUGAGGCUGGCAGUGUCUCCUUGUCUCUGCAUGUCAUGUGGCUGUCAGGGGCUGUCCCCUCCAGGAGAGUUGCCAGCUGCACGUAAAAACACGCAUGUGGAAUGCCAUGGCCGGGCACGGCAGCACUGAGAAAGGGAAGUGCGGGGGCUUUGGGAUGCGGGUUGGAAAGGCUGGCACUGGAGGGAGGAAGAAUAAAACAGCAAAUGAGCAGCAGAGGAGGAUUCAAGUCAAACUUGAUGUUGGUUGAUGGAGCUGUAUGGAGGCCAGGGCUGGGAACAGGGUUCUCCAAGCCUUAACAAAACUGUCAGGAGCGUAUGUCCAUCUUGUGGCUUUCUCUGGUGCUGUCACUGCAAAGCAAAGGUUCUUUUCACUCUCACUCCCACCUGUCCACACAAAUCAGUCGUUCUCAGCACCACUAGGCUGUGAACACCGCACCAGCACUUCCUAAUCCUUUCACCACCCACAUUCACGGCUCCUGGUGUUCCUGUAUGCAGUGUGUGCAUAUAGCCUUGCACGCCCUUCCCCCUGCACCAGGCCUCCUCAGUCCUGCAGGGAACAGGAGCCUUGUCACUUGUCACAUACCAUGGACCCUUGCAGAAACCGUCCUGCCACACUGCCAGCCCUCCUCAGCCCAAGGACAUCGAAGACGUGAACCUCAUCAAAGACACCACCAGGGCUCUGCUUCUUCACAGCAGUGAAGCACAAAGCCACGUUCCAUCACCUUCACCCUGGGCUACAGAUCAGUAGUCUUUAUGACUCUUGGGCCCAACCAAGGGUUAGGGCAGAGACACAAUGCUGCCCUGCUUAAAGAAAGCAAAGCAGACCCGACCCAUGCAACAGAAGAGAGAGACUUUCCUUUGCCUGUAAUAUGGAUUUCAAUGACAAGGCUGUAUGUUUUGCCCUGUAGGUUUAGGAAU